AUGAUGAUCAAGGUCAACGAAGACGAAUCAUUCUCCGUCGGCCAAAACGAGACCCUUGGAGCACCGUCGAUGAAUUCCUUCCAUGGCAGGUGUUUCCGUGGUGCUACUGCACAAAUCGACAUGUUCAGCGAUGGUUUGCCAACGGAUGGCCGAUGUCGAGGUGGGAAGUGCUAG